AUGUCGGACCUUGGAAACAGACUAUCAAGAAGUUCAGGAGCUAGAUUUCUUAAGACUGGAGCGUUGGGCUUUGUUUUAGGGAUUUCACUUGCAUCACUCCUCGCUAUAAGAAUUGUAGACAGGGCUAGAAAAGAUAUGGACUGGAGCGAUAGUGUUUCAGAUUUAAGCAAGUCUGUCAAAAAUUUGGAAUUGCAUGUAAAAGAGCUAGAGCGGAAAACGUAUAAUACUAAACCGUAA